UGUAAUUUAUCUUAUUGAUAUCUGUAAGCUUGGUUUGUACCGCCAUUUUGUAUUCAGCAAGUUAGUGAGAAUACAUGCAUCUAACACAUGGUAACAUUAAAAUUCAGAAUACGAAUUUGAGAUGUUGAUAAUUUGUGUUUUAUAUAACAGAAAAGGACAUACAUACAUUUAAAGUCAAAAUGACGCAGGAUGAAACGAUUAUGACAAAGAUACAGAAGGUAGAAGAUACAUUAAAUGAAUCCAUGUACAAAGUGGAUGUGUUGAAAAAAAGACUCAAGACGAAAUUGCUCACAAUGGAAACUCGUGAGGAAUUAGAGUCAAAACUGGAAGAAAUUCAGGAGCACGACGACUUCGCAUGUACUUAGCAUGUACUUCGGUAUCUAAGUAACUAGCUCGAACAACAGGAUUCUCCUUCAUGGCAGAUUUCCAUUCCAACUAGUAUUGUAUAGGUAACAAAAAAGAAAAAUUUGUUGUUUAUAUACCCUAAUUUGUAUAGGAUAAUUUUAUAUUACAUUUGACAUAAUAUGUUUGUAACUUACCAAUCUCUUGAACCUAUCACGUGGUAUAGUAAACUGAUCUCCACGUAAAACUCUAACUACAUCAGAUCUCUCCCACCAUGGCCAUAUCAUAAAAUCUAACAUACCAGGAGAACUACCAUGAAAGAAUGGUGUUCCUUUUGAUACAAGUUCUCUUUCAAAAAGACCCAAUUCUGAUAAGACAUCAUCAAAUAUGUCUCUGUCUAUAGAUGUACUGACAUAUAACUAAAAUAAAAAUAUUUGUA